GUUGUGGGUUUUCGACAGCAUAAUUUAAGACGUCGUAGCAAUGGCCUGCAUCGGGUGUAUCCCGAUAGUAACGACGAUCGACAAUUGGAAGAGGAAGAUGAAAUGAACGAGAUAUUACCAUUUGCUUAUAUAAGACAAGUGGUUAAAGCUGGAGAUGAGGGAGUAGCCGUUGCUUAUG